CAAGAACCGGCUGCCCCCUUCACAUCGCCAUCAGCGCUAACAACCAUGGCACCUAGCUUCGAGAACCUGUCGGAGCAAGAUCUCCACGAAGAAGAGGAGGAGGAGAUUGACUUCUCCGACCUCAAGGCGCAGUACGAAGUGAAACUUGAGGAGGGCUUGGACACAUUCGUCGUCAUCGAUGGACUCCCAGUCGUACCAGAAGAGAACAGACAGAAACUCAUCAAAUUCUUGCUGAGGAAACUCAACACAGUCGGCCACACCUCCGAAGAUGCCGUCUUCAUGCCCCUCAACGAGAAGAAUAUGUCCGAAGGAUUUGCCUUUGUCGAGUACGAAACCGCAGAGCAAGCCGUUGCCGCCGUAAAGCAGCUGCACGGAACGCCCCUUGAUAAGAAGCAUACUCUCCUCGUUAACAAAUUGAUGGAUAUCGAACGUUAUGGCCGGGAAGGACGUAUCGACGAGGAAUAUAAGCCUCCGAAUAUCGAACCAUUCACAGAGAAGGAGCACCUGCGCUCGUGGCUCGGGGACCCCAAUGCCCGUGACCAGUUCGCCCUUUACCGCGGCGACAAGGUUGGGGUUUUCUGGAACAACAAGAGCAACCCGCCGGAGAAUGUUGUCGACCGUGCCCAUUGGACACAGCUUUUCGUCCAGUGGUCCCCCAAGGGUACAUAUCUCGCCUCUGUUCACCCACAGGGGGUGCAACUGUGGGGUGGUCCGACUUUCUCCAAGCAAAAGCAAUUCCCUCAUCCCUUUGUUUCUCUCAUCGAGUUCUCGCCUGGCGAGAGCUACUUGACUACCUGGUCUGCCCGGCCUAUCCAGGUGGAGGAGGGCCACCCCGUACUGACAUACGAAGAGGAUGGAAAGAAUAUCAUUGUCUGGGACAUCGUAACAGGCAAGCCUCUCCGAUCAUUUGUUUCCCACGAUCUCGCCGGUCCCGAAAGCGAAGCGCAGCCCAAGAAGAAAGUUCAGUGGCCGGCUUUUAAGUGGUCCGCUGAUGAAAAGUACGUGGCGAGAAUGCUUCAGGGCCAGUCGAUCUCCAUCUACGAACUUCCCCGGAUGAACUUGCUCGGUAAGACGUCGGUUAAGAUUGACGGAGUGAUGGACUUCGAAUGGUCGCCGGCUACAGUCAACCGUGACGGUGUCAAGCAGUACGAGCAGCUCCUAUGCUUCUGGACUCCCGAAAUCGGCAGCAACCCUGCCCGAGUCGCCCUUAUGAGCGUGCCUUCCAAGGAGAUUGUUCGAACUCGUAACCUUUUCAACGUUUCCGAUGUGAAACUGCACUGGCAAUCCCAGGGUAACUUCGUUUGCGUUAAGGUGGAUCGUCACUCAAAGUCUAAGAAGUCUAUGGCCACCAACCUCGAAAUUUUCCGCGUACGGGAGAAGGGUGUCCCGGUUGAAGUGGUAGACAGUCUCAAGGACACCGUGAUCAACUUCUCGUGGGAACCCAACGGUGCUCGCUUCGUUCUCAUCACGACUGGUGACGCAUCUGGGGCUGGUGCGCCUCCCAAGACGGCCGUCUCGUUCUUCGCUCCGGAAAAGAAAGGUGUACAAGCCGGCAACUUUAAACUUGUUCGCACUAUUGAGAAGAAGACCAGCAAUGCUAUUUACUGGUCUCCUAAGGGCCGUUUCGUCGUGGUGGCGACUGUUCACUCGCAAUCAAACUUUGACCUUGAUUUCUGGGAUAUGGAUUUCGAGGGUGAGAAGAACGAUAACGAGAAGGAUCUAGCGGCCAACCUGCAGCUGAUGAAGACCGUCGACCACUAUGGUGUCACAGAUAUUGAAUGGGAUCCCACAGGUCGUUACGUUGUCAGUGGUGCUAGCGCGUGGACGCACCAGAUGGAAAACGGAUUCAACCUUCACACCUUCUCCGGAGAGACUCUUGCGGAGAACCCUACGGACAAGUUCAAGCAGUUCCUCUGGCGUCCUCGCCCUCCUACUCUUCUCAGCAAAGAAGAGCAAAAGCAAGUACGGAAGAACCUCCGCGAGUACUCGAAGGAAUUCGAGGAGGAAGACAAGUAUGCUGUCGACAUUGCCAACACCGCCGUUGUCGAGAAGCGCAAGCGUGUCCUCAACGAGUGGGUUGCUUGGCUCAAGCGCGAGAAGGAGCUACUCACCGAGGAGAAGGAAGCCUACGGCCUACCCGAAGAAGCCGACCAACCCAAGGCUGCCAAGGAUGCGCCCACCAACACAGAGGACAAGGGCGAGACGGUGGUCGAAGAGAUUGUGGAAGAGAUUGUGGAGGAAAGCGAGGAGAUUAUUGGUUGAAUUACCCUUUUCUCUUCUUUUCGUAUCUAAUUUCAUUCCAACUUCCUUUUUUUCUCUAUAUUGUCCGCCGUCUCGAUAUCCAGGCCCUCCCACCAUUUCCCUCUGCUGCCGCCCACUUUUCCUCCCUCCUUGUGUGCCGUUUGUGCUGUUCCAUUGGCGUGGUUCUAGUUUGGGGGUGGUCGUCUGGGACUGUUCAAAAGUGAAUAGAUAUUUUGCAUCUCUCCCGCUGCGGGAAAUCUAUAUGCAUGAUGUUGGUAGUAUGAGUAAUGACAGCAAUGACGAGCCACCAAGUACUUCAC